UUACGACAAUUACUCUGUUCGCCCCGACCCAAUAAUUUCAAAGCACAACAUCUGUCUGGUAUAAGAUCUGAUGGCUUUUGGGUGUUGGGGAAUGAGAGGUUCAGUCUUUUCGCAUGUGUCCACUUGGUGGAGCUUUGA